UGCUGGUUUUUUCUUCAAAUAGCUCAUGGGUUUACCGCUGAUGCUUAGGAAUUCCUCGGCGUUAUCUUUUUUCUCGAUUAUAUACUCCUCAUUAUGCUUGACACCGUAAUCGUAGUCUUCUCCUCUAUCACAUUUGAACAGUUUGAGUUUGCGAAAAUGAGGUUUUGAUGGAUUAUAGCCUACUUUAGUGCAGAUAUAUCUAGAAGUGGCAGGAAAUGUCUGCUGGUCAGUGAUGCUUUCGAACAGCUCUUUUCGUGUCUCAUUCUCAACUAUUUUCUCAUUGCUAUAAGGGUAAUCCGGAUGAUCGUUUAGAGGAUGAUCUGCUUUUAAUAACGACUUUUCUGAUUCCACUCGAGUUGGGAAAGAUUUACUCUGGGAUCAUUGAAACUUCCCAAUGUUUAUCACCCAUCCUUUAUUAUGUAAGAAUUCGAAUAUCUUUUGCACACUCUCUUCAUCAUCUUCUUUGAGGUCUUUUAAAUCCUCAUCGUUCUGUACCUUCUUAGAAAUUUCUUUGGAAUUAGCCCAGCUGUUAAUAAAAAUUCUAUUCUUCAGGAUAUAUUCCUUCUGUGGUUGAUCAAGCUGCUUGAAAAACUGGUCUUUUUGAAGGUCAUAUUGGGCAUCUUGGUCUAUCUUGUUCAAGCUUUUGUCAGCUUCAUACUUUACUUUGGAUGAGGUGCUGAGUUUAUUAUGCUCAUUAAGAACGUUGUAGUACUCUCCUUGCCCUUCUAUAGUUUCCAUUGAGGGUUUUUGGCUAUUUGCUCUUUCAAGUUGAUAUCCUGCAAGCUAGCUUGAUAAUUUAGGCAUGAAUCGCCAUCAAAAUUGUCUUUGUUUAAUUCUUUCUUGGGGAUCCCAGAUUCUAUAAGAAGUCCAACUUUCUCAAUUUCACUUAGAGCUGACAAGGGAGGAAGACCUGUCAGCUCUUCCUUUAAAGGCGACUUUAUUGAAGCACCCUUACAUUCUUUGAUCUCCUUUUUAACCGGCUUCUGCUGAUCCAUGAGUAUCUCCUGGGUUUCAUCAUAAAACAGUUGUAUGUCUUCAUUGCCUUCAAUCAUAUCCUUGACCCAGGGGCCCAAGUUUGAAUAAGCUGAGUCUAGGUCUUCACUCAAAGGUUUGAAGAUCGCUGACUUAAAUUUGGCUUUCUCUAUAAAAUUAAACUCACUUUCCAUUUUUUAUAAA